ACUUUCACCUUCUCUCCUAUUCCGUCAAAUUUCAUCACUCUUCGCACUUGCACCACCUUCUAGAUAACUAACACCCAAAAUAUGGCGCGAGGCUCUUCUUCAUCCCAAUCCGCCUCCUCCUCCUCCAGCACCCGUCCGGGUACCGCUGCACCCCGUGGCUCUGCCGCCGCAACUGCCGGCAUGCGCCGCCGCAGGCUUGGUGGUUCUUCCUCCGCAAGUGGAAGCUCUGGCGCUGCCGUUGGGUCAGGCAACGCUAGCAACAUGCUCCGAUUUUACACCGAUGAUUCGCCAGGUCUCAAGAUCAGCCCUACUGUCGUCCUAGUUAUGAGCCUCUGCUUCAUCGGCUUCGUUACAGCUCUUCACGUCUUUGGCAAAUUCUACCGCUAUCGAUCCGGCUCCGGACCCUGAUUAAUCGGGUUCGGAUCUUUGAUUUCGGAUCAUGAUGAUUUUGAUACCCACGGCAUAGAGGAUAAGCUUAGGGCUUUUUAAAUUCAGUUUUUGUUUUCACGAUCUUUUGCUGUUUCUGUUUCCUUCUUAGAAUUUUUGUUCGGCUGAAUUUGACUCAGUAUUAGGAAGAAGAUAAAAGAAGCUCCUAAUUAAGGAAAUUUUGGAACCCACGGUAUACAGGAUCAUGUGCUUUUGUUUUAUAUCCAAUGCAUAGUCUUUGUUCAUAAAAUGAGUAUUAAUUUGCAAUU